AUGCUGGUGACCUAUUUGGAAGCCAGCCGGGACCUUUGCGAGACGGAUUCAAUUCUUUUUGGCGCCGCACUGGCAGUAUGCCGUAUUAUUGGCGCCAAACUUCCCGUGGCUGGACGUGCUACUCAAAAAAGUAGCGCCAUCCCAGCCUGGAGAAAAAGAAUUGAGGACCGUAUCGCAAAGGCAAGGGCCCUUAUCGGCAGACUGACAAGCUUCAGGUCGGGUAAUAAUAGACCGAGGAUUAUGCGCACCGUUCGGAUGGCGUUUGCUGGGACAAAUAUCAGUUUGUUCCAGCCGGAUAUCACGCAAAAACUAACGGAGCGCAUAGAUGACCUGAAGCAAAAAAUCGCUGCUUGGGGGAAGCGGAUUCGACGAUUUAGCGAGAGGUCAAGGCGGUUCAACCAGAAUCGUCUCUUCCAGAGUGAUCAGAAGAGGCUCUAUAAAUCAUUGGAGCGACCAGAGGUAUGUGGAGCGGGCCCAGGACCGGAUUAG